UGCUGGACACAAGCGUGGCUGAAACUCCAGGUUAGUUUCUCCUGCCAAAAUGGUGAAAUCCGGAAGGCUGCGGUCUGGAUCAGCUCAGAAAUUAAAGAGAUGGAAGAAAGGACAUAGUAGUGAUUCCAAUCCACAGACAAGUCGAUAUCGGCAAGCUGCAAGAAGCCGAUUUUUCAGCCGCCCCAAAGAGAAAAGCGAUCUUACUAUUGAUGCCCUUAAACUUCAUAAUGAGCUGCAGACGGGUUCUCUGGAGAGAGGCGCUAAAAGGACAGAGGAUGCCAUGGACGAGGUAGCCCUCACCGAAAGGACAUCUGGGACAUUUCUUAGUGGGCUGUCUGAUUGUUCCAACCUCACAUUUAGAAAAGUUCAGCGUUACUGGGAGUCCAACUCUGCUGCACACAAAGAGAUUUGUGCUGUACUGGCAGCUGUCACAGAGGUCAUUCGCUCUCAAGGAGGGAAAGAGACAGAGACAGAAUACUUUGCUGCUUUGAUGACGACCCUUGAGGCAGUGGACAGCAGUGAAUCACUGGCUGCUGUUGCUUACCUACUAAACCUCGUAAUGAAAAGGGUUCCUGCUCCAGUACUGAUGAAGAAGUUCUCAGACACAGCAAAGUCCUUCAUGGAUGUUAUGUCAAAACAAGCCAGUGCUGACACUGUGUCCUCCCUGCGGUGGAUCUUGUCCUGCCUGGCCAUCUUAUUGAGGAAGCAGGAGCUCUCAGUGUGGAGUUAUCCAUCCACACUCCAGGUCUACCAUGGUCUGCUUAGCUUCACUGUGCACGCCAAACCAAAGGUGCGAAAAGCAGCCCAGCAGGGUGUUUGCUCCAUCCUCCGUGGCAGUGACUGCAUGUUCGCAGGAAAUGCACCCAGCCACCACCCUGCUGCUGUCACCACAGCGAAGUACUGCAUCAAAGAGAUGGAGCAGGCGGGAGGCAGCAAGGAGGACACGACCACUCUGCACGUUCUGGGGCUUGUCAGGGAGCUCAUCACGGCCUUCCCACUCAGCUCAGUGAAGUCCUGCUGUGAGACCCUCCUUCGUGUAAUGACCCUUAGUCAUGUGCUAGUGACAGCAGGUGCCAUGCAGGCCUUCCACAAACUCUUCAGUGGCAAGCCCAACCCUUUGGCCAUGUCUCCAGAGCUUAACGCCCAGAUUAUAAUGGCGCUGUAUGACUACGUCCCUAGUGAAAAUGACCUUCAACCACUGCUAGCCUGGCUUGCAGUCAUGGAGAAAGCUCAUGUCCAUCUGUACAGCUUGCAGAGCUCUCUGAGUCUGGCCCACCUCCCUCGUCUUUUCUCCACGGCUAUGUCCUGCCUCCUCUCUCCACACACGCAGGUCGUCUCUGCUGCUACCCACAUGCUGAAGACCCUGAUCAAUGAGUGUGUGGCUGCUCACAUGGCAGAGAUUGGGCCUGUACUUCCCACCACAACCUCUGGUAAUGGGCUUCACAUCGUAAAGAUGUUUCGGGUGGUGGAGGAGGGCUUGUCGUAUCGUUUCCACGCCUCCUGGCCCUUCGUGCUGCAGAUCCUUUGUUGCUUCUAUAGAGCCGCGGGGAAACAUGCACACCAUGUAAUGACCAAGAGCCUGCAGUCGCUGAGUGACCUGCGGGCCACACCAAGGUUCCCAUUCUGUGGGGAGCUGGACUUGGCUGUAGGGGGUGCUGUGGAGAGCAUGGGCCCUCAGGUGGUUCUUGGCGCUGUCCCUCUGCUCAUCACUGGCAUAGAUGACGACCUGGAGUUCCCACGCAGCUGGCUCAUCCCCGUCAUCAGAGGGCAUGUGAAGAACACUCAACUCGCCUACUUCAUCUCCUACUUCCUUCCCUUGGCUUCUACACUGAAACAGAAAGCUGAUGUGUUAGACCAGUCGGGACAGAAACUGGUGUCUAAAGUAUACCAGACGUUAGAGCUGCAGAUUUGGACAAUGCUUCCUGGGUUCUGCACUAAUCCCACUGACCUGCGCAGCUCCUUCAAAGGCAUAGCCCGCUCUCUGGGUAUGGCUAUCACUGAGCGCCCUGACCUCCGGCUCUGCAUCUAUCAAGCUCUGCGCACGAUUAUCUACAAGAGCUGUGAGACAGAGGAGGAGAAGGCUGAGGUGGGCCACUUUGCUAAGAACUUUCUGCCCAUUCUGUUUAAUGUGCACACUGAGCAGCCUAAGCUUGGAGAGAAUGACCCUUCCAGACUCGCUGUCCUCGACACUAUUCGUGCCUAUCUGGCCAUCACUGAUCAGAGGAUGGUGAACUCUUUUCUGCAGAAAGCCUUGGACAAGCUUAGCAGCCCUGACAGCUCAGAGUUUACAAGACUUGCUGUGAUGGAUUUGGUAGUAGUGAUGGCUUCAUUUGUGGACGAGGAGACUAUGACACAUACCUAUGAACUUAUCCAUUCUCACUUGGAGAGUAAGGACUCUGGUAUACAGAAGAAGGCAUACCGAGUGCUAGAGGAGAUGUGUGGGGGAGGGGCGGCGCCGUGUAAGAGGUUUGUCCUGACCAAUCUGGAGCAGCUCAAACUGGCCCUGCUUGGCAGCCUGAAGAGUGCUUCCUCACCUGCCAAGAGACCCAGACUUAAGUGCCUCAUUCACAUUGUGAAGCAACUGAAUGAAGAACACAAGGACUUCCUCACUGCCCUCCUUCCUGAGGUUAUUGUUUGUACAAAGGAAAUGUCUGUUGGAGCCCGCAAAAAUGCCUAUUCUCUCCUGGUGGAAAUUGGCAAUGCCUUUAAUCGAUUCAGUGGAAACCACAAAGAUGCUAUGAAUGAGUUCUUGGGCCACGUGUAUGUUGGACUCACUGGAUCAGUCACCAUGAUUACCUGCACCGUGCUGGCCCUCACCAGACUUGUGUUUCAGUUCAAAGACUCUAUAGAUGUGUCAGCGCUGGAGCUGCUCCUGCAUAACGUGUGUCUGCUGCUGGGCUGCAGGACACGGGAGAUCGUCAAAGCCUCGCUGGCCUUCAUCAAAGUCCUCCUCUUUGCCCUGGAUGUGAAGGCUCUUGCCAGUCACGUGGCCGUCAUCAUGGAGGGCAUUGGUAGCAUGAAAGAUGAUAUGCGAAGACACUGCAGGACUAAACUGAAGACCAUGUUCACCAAGUUAAUCCGGAAGUUCGGCUUUGAGCUGGUAAAGAGCAUGCUCCCUGCGGAGCACCAUAAGGUGCUGGCGAACAUCCGCAAAGCAGAGGCCAGGACAAAGAGGCACAAACUUGUGAGCAAGGCUGAGGAGGAGAGCUUGGAUAGUGAGGAGGACACCCCCAGAGUUGCAACUGACAGUAUUGAGUCUGUCCUGGCGGAGACUGACUCAGAGGACUCGGAGGAUGAGAAGCCUAAGAAAGGGCAGAAAAAGGCAGCUAAAAUGAAGGCUAAGGCGUGGCUGAAGGAGGGCACAUCAGACGAACCACUCAACUUCCUUGACCCCAAGGCAGCCCAGAGAGUUCUCGCCACCAACCCUGAUGUGAAGAAGUCAGCAAAUAUUGAGCAUGGGUUCAAGGUGACAUCAGAUGGGCGAUUGAUCAUUAAGGAAGCUGAGGAGGGUGAUGGAGCUGAAGAUGCUGACAAAGAAAUUGAUGACAUUCUAAAAGAGGCUGGAAUCAAAACUAAAAAGACCCAGAAGAGGACAAUCGAAGAUGAUUUGGAUGACGAUAUGGAAAUCGAACCACAGAUGAAAUACAAAGCUGGUGGCAUUGGGAUCCAUAGGCCACUGUCUGGAAGAGACGAAUCUGGUGUUAAUUAUAAAUCUAAGAAGGGGAAAGGUGACAUUAAGAAAAAGGGAAAGUGUGACCCCUAUGCCUACAUCCCUCUCAAGAAAGCCCAGCUCAACCGCAGGAAAAAGGCCAAACUGCAGGGCCAGUUUAAAGGAAUGGUCAGAGGAGCCAAGAAGGGGGUCCUGUCAGGAAAGAGAAUACAGAAGCGCCAGAGAAAGACCUAAGGCACAUGCGUGCGCACACACGUACAUUUGUACGUACGUAUGAACACACACAGUAUUCCUCAGUGUAGAUGGACAAUUUACAUGCUGAACAUUUUCGCGAGGCAACAGUUUUCCUCUGGUCAUUUGAUCUUUCAUGCUUUAAGGUUAAAUAAAAUGUUGUGUUUAAAUUUCUCCUAAUUCAGUUCAUUUUGAAGACUGCAAUAUGUGGAUUUUACACAAGGUGGUUUGUGUGAUAAAUGUAUUUAUGUGAUGAAGUGGAAUGGAAAAUAAAUUUAGCCAGAGAUGAGCUAAUGAUGAAUUA